AUGCGAUACCGGACAAUACUUAUUGACUCGCCUGAGUUUGAGUCGGUGUUAUCGAGUUCAAGUCGUGAACUCUGCCCCGCGUCGAAGGAUAUUUUUAGCUCGGCGACCGGAGAGGGAGUCACCGACGUUGUUGCUGUAUACGGUGCCUUAUUUUCAUGUAUUUGGGUUUUUGACAGUGUGAAGUCUGUGGCUCUAAGUGAGACUGUGGUGUUGAUGGAGAGGUUUGACUUGAGGAAAAUGUGGAGAGCUGUGGGGGAGUUCAGGGUGACGGAUGUGGCAGUGGCAGUGGCACUACCGGUGUUGGUGACUAUGGCGAAGGGAGAUGUGACGGAUGGCUAUGAUUUGAGGGAGGAUGUCGACUACUCUGAGGAAGAGAUUGAUAGGGGAUUUCAAGAGUUUGCAGUAGGAUCCUCGUAUGUGCAAGACACAAGAGAGCUGUUUUUCUCAUCAAACUAUUAG